AGAAGAAUGAAGAACAAGAUUGAGACAAUGAGAUCAAACAGGAUCAAAAAUCAAAAGCAAAAGAACAAAAAAAAAAAGUGACAGAGGAAUCUUGAAAAGCCCCAAAAAAUCAAUUGAUUAGAGAAUAAUUAAGUGUGAAGCAAUCUCAUCUUUAAGCUUUAUUGUCUGGUUGAAUUACUAAUUAAUCUCGAAGGAGAGCACUCUCUGUUCCGAUGAAUGGAUCUCAUCAUCAUCUAAACUCAGCGUGUCUCUCGUUUUCCCCUGUUCGAUCCUUGGAUAAAAGUGGGAACAAACAUGGGUUUCCUCUUUGGUUUGUUCAUAGGAAUCGCAGUUUCUUUCGGUUUGGUCGUCGCAUUUGCACGCUAUUCUAAACUUAGAUCCACUCGUCGAGCUGAUUUGGCCAAGACCAUUGCUGCAUUUGCAAGAAUGACAGUUCAAGAUUCGAGAAAACUUCUCCCUGGAGAAUUUUAUCCUUCUUGGGUUGUGUUUUCUCAGAGACAGAAGUUAAAUUGGCUUAAUCUUGAACUUGAAAAGAUCUGGCCUUAUGUAAAUGAGGCAGCUUCUGAGCUGAUUAAAAGCAGUGUGGAACCAGUUCUUGAACAGUAUACACCAGCUAUGUUAGCAUCUCUUAAGUUCUCUAAAUUCACUCUUGGGACUGUGGCUCCUCAGUUCACAGGAGUAUCUAUCUUAGAAAGUGAAAGUGGACCUAAUGGGAUUACAAUGGAACUUGAAAUGCAAUGGGACGGUAAUCCAAAAAUCGUGUUGGAUAUCAAAACCUUACUUGGCGUAGCUUUACCAAUUGAGGUGAAAAAUAUAGGAUUCACAGGUGUUUUCAGGUUGAUAUUCAAACCUCUUGUUGAUGAGUUCCCUUGCUUUGGUGCACUUUCUUAUUCACUGCGUGAGAAGAAAGGGCUAGAUUUUACACUUAAAGUUAUUGGUGGUGAAUUAACAUCAAUUCCAGGGAUAUCAGAUGCAAUAGAAGAAACUAUUCUGGACGCGAUUGAAGACAGUAUAACAUGGCCCGUUAGGAAAAUUAUACCUAUAUUGCCAGGAGAUUACAGUGAUCUGGAGCUGAGACCUGUUGGAAAAUUGGAUGUGAAGAUUGUGCAAGCAAAGGACUUAGCUAACAAAGACAUGAUUGGAAAAUCCGAUCCUUACGCUGUUUUAUUCAUUCGCCCGUUGCGUGACAAAACUCAAAAGACCAAAACUAUUAGUAACUCGUUGAAUCCGAUUUGGAAUGAACAUUUUGAGUUCGUUGUGGAAGAUGUAUCAACUCAACAUUUGACAGUUAGAGUCUUUGACGACGAAGGAGUUGGAUCUUCUCAGCUCAUAGGGGCUGCUCAAGUACCGUUAAGUGAGCUCGUGCCCGGGAAGGUUAAAGAUAUUUGGUUGAAAUUAGUCAAGGAUUUAGUGAUCCAAAGGGAUAAAAAAAACCGUGGUCAGGUGCAGUUGGAGCUUCUAUAUUCUCCCUUAGGAAAAGAAGGCGGAUUGAAGAACCCGUUUAACCAUGACUACUCACUGACCAUAUUAGAGAAGGUACUUAAACCGGAAAGCGAGGAUUCGGAUGCUACGGAUGUGAUCAGAAAAGCGGCGAGCUCGAAGAAAAACGAUGUGAUAGUGAGAGGAGUGUUGUCUGUGACAGUGUUGGCUGCUGAGGACUUACCAGCUGUAGAUUUAAUGGGGAAAGCAGAUCCGUUUGUGGUUAUAACAUUGAAGAAAUCUGAAGCGAAAUCCAAGACAAGGGUUGUACCGGACAGUUUGAAUCCGGUAUGGAACCAGACGUUUGAUUUUGUAGUGGAAGAUGCAUUGCAUGAUCUGUUGAUGCUUGAAGUAUGGGACCAUGACAAAUUCGGGAAAGAUAAGAUAGGGAGAGUGAUAAUGACAUUAACACGAGUGAUGUUGGAAGGAGAGUAUCAAGAGUGGUUUGAGUUAGACGGAGCUAAAUCAGGAAAGCUGUGUGUCCAUCUCAAAUGGACUCCAAGGCUUAAGCUCAGAGACGCCUCUUGAGUCCUGAUCAUUCCUCGUUCUACUCUCUCAAUUUAAGUGACACAUUCCUUUACUUAAGUUUUUUUCUUCCUUUCUCUUUUGUUUUGUAUAUGCUGAUCGUCAUCGAUGUUUGUUGUUAUUCCUUCCUUGCCAUAGAAGAAUUCUAUUUAUAGACACCUUUUUUUU